AUGGGAAAAGAACAUUGGGCUUUGAAAACAAUAGAAAAUGAGAAUCCUGGUCCAGGCUCAUACAAUAUUGGUUCGACUUUUGGAAAAGACGCCUUAAAAUACACAAUUCGUAACAGAUAUCCAGAGAGAAAGCCCGAAACAUCUGAAGUACCUUUAAGAGCAAUUCCAGAUACAUCAACAAGCAGAAAAGUACUACUUCCUCCCCACGAUCCUAAUUACAUUCCUGUAACUCAUCAACAAUGGCAAACUCCGGGUCCUGAAUACAUGCCACCAGAUAUGGGAAAGAAACCUGUAUCUGCACGAUCAACCAGAAGCAGAAAAUCAUUACAAGCUACAACUUCGCCACGUAGUGAAAGUCGUAAAUCUUACAGUACGAACCCAUAUGGACCUGCAGAAUACAAUACACGCCGCGAUUUGAUAAAUCCCCACUCACAAAUGGCAAUUGGUACUCGACCAAAAGAAUACGGACUUAAAGGCGAGUCUCCAGGUCCUGAUGCCUAUAAUCCACAGUCACCAAGCAGGAAGAACUUUUCAAAAGCAUGCUCAUUUGGAGCAAGAAAUGAUAUCAUUACUCCUAGAAGCUGUUCACCAGGUCCAAUUUACAAUCCAAAUCCAGAAAUGAAUACAAGAAUGUAUAAGAUUAGAGAGAGGGUUCCGAUGCCUGUUGAAAAGAUAGAUAUCACACCUUCACCCGGCAAUUUUGAUUUGAAGCCAUUUGGAAGUGACACAAAACCCGUUACUUUUCCAAAAAGUUUCCAAAGAGAUAUUAAGCAAGAAUUUGGAAACAGUCCCGCUCCCUACUACAAUCUCCCUUCACAAUUCGAUAAUCCAAAAGGCAUGACAAUUGGUGGCGGUCCCAGAGAGCCAUCAACACCAAGAUCUGGUGAUACAUCUCAAAUUUCAAGCCCAAGAUCAGCAAGAUCAAUGAGAUCAUCACCUAGAACAGCAGAUUCAUCAAGCAGACGCUCAAACGGAACAUCCAGAUCCAUAGAUUUCAGUCGAGCUCAGAGAAUUCAUGAAAGAUACAUACAAAGGAAGGCAGAAGAAGGAACCCCAGGACCAGGAUAUUAUGAUAUAAAGUCAGAAUCAAGUCAAAGAUCAUAUAAAAUGCACAAACCGAUGGAAAUUCUUAAAAAAUACAGGGAAGACGAUAAUAUUUUACCUGGACCAGGAUAUUACAACCCAGAUUAUACUGCAACGAAACCAUCCACACCGGCAUUCUCUUUCAAAGAUGACUGUGGAGCUGUUUCUCAGCGAGUUCUAGAACCAGCACCACCUUUCUACGAUGUACAUGGUAAAACAAGAACAAUGAAAACUUCUCCAAGAUUUUCCAUUGGAAAUAGAACUCCUUACAAAGACCGUGAUUGUUCAACUCAAGAUGCUGGAUAUUAUAUGCUUCCUGAUACUAACACAGGACCAUUCCAUUCAAUCCAUCUAAGAGAUAGACAUGAACUUGUUCCAGAAUAA